AUGAACCAACCACAACACAUAUCAAGGAGAUUCGACAAUUUUAAUGAUGAACAAAUCGCAACUAAUCGUCUUCGAUUAAAGGGUCACAUACAUGUGGUGUUGUUGCUUGCACUUCAAGGAAUUCCAUUUAGAGGUCAUGAUGAGAAAUCUAGUUCAUCUAAUCGGGGCAAUUUUCUUGAAUUUUUGAAUGUGCUAAGCAUGUACAAUGACGAACUUUCAAAGGCAAUUGCGAAAGCUCCAAAAAAUGCCAAGUAUACAAGUCACGAUAUUCAGAAACAAAUACUUCAUGUGCUUUCAAUGAGAGUGAAAAAUGUAAUUCGUGAAGAAAUUGGAGUUGCCAAGUAUUGCAUAAUUGUUGAUGAAGCCCGAGAUGAGUCAAAAAGAGAGCAAGUGUCUAUAGUAUUGAGGUUCGUGGAUACUAAUGGAUUCAUUCAAGAGCGUUUUUUUGGGCUUAUUCAUGUAUUUGAUACUACAACUUUGACUUUAAAGGAUGCUAUAUAUUCUUCUUUGGCUCACUACAAUUUGGAUGUUCAAAAUAUUAGAGGUCAAGGCUAUGAUGGUGCUAGUAAUAUGAGGGGCGAGUUUAAUGGAUUGCAAGUUUUAAUCAUAAAAGAUUGUAGAAGUGCUUAUUAUGUUCAUUGCUUUACUCAUCGGUUACAAUUGGCUUUAGUUGCAACAUCAAAAAAUGUGACACUUAUUCAUCAAUUUUUUGAUAGAUUAACUUUUAUAAUUAAUAUUGUUGGUUCUUCGUGUAAGCGUAAUGAUGAAUUGAAUAAUGCUCAUACAGAUGACAUUGCACAUUUAAUUGUUAUUAAUGAACUCAAGAUAGGGCGUGGACUUAAUCAGAUAGACGAGGUCAAGCCCGUGCUCGUCAAGACAAUUUCACCAUUGAACAUCAUUAUCAGAGUUGAGGAUAUAUGUAAAUUAGUUGAAAAGUUCUAUGUCAAAGACUUUACAAGAGAUGAAAAAGAGCAAUUAGAGAUGCAAUUGAAACAUUACGAGUAUAAUAUAGUCAAAGGGCCCAACUACAACAAUCUUACAACUAUUUCAGAAUUAUGUCAAUGGAAUUGUUGCAUCAGGCAAUGCAGUGAGAAAGGUUUCAGUGCCAUCUGCAACCAUAUCGAAAGCAAGCUUUGA